UCUCGCCUCCCGAUCUCCGCGCGCGUGAGAGAGGGCGACGGCCAGCAGGAAAAGCGAGGAGUAGGCGGGAGCCCCGGCUCCAGCGCCCCAGGCGCGCGGGAGGGCGGAGCCGGUCCGUCCCCGGCCAGCCAGGGCACACGGAAGUGCCGUGGAGUUUGUCCGAUUCCCCAGCCUGCUCUUCCUUCUCCCUCCCUCUCCCCACCCCUCACCUCCCCCCCCUCGGCUCUUCCCUCCUUCCUCGGGACGCCACCUCCCGGAAUCGCCUUUUUUUGUUGUUGUUUUGGAGCUGGCUUCUCGCUGGCGGCGCAGAGGGGCCGCGAACGCUGGAGAAGAAGGCGGGCUCGGGGUGCAGCCCACCGCCCACCGGCGGGACCCCGCGGGGCAGAGCGGAGGACGGACGGACUGACGGCCGGGCGCGCCAUCUGCUCUCCCGAGCUCACUCUCCAAACUCCUGUUGAGUGUAACAUUGUUCCAGUGGAGAGUGUUGAAUUCUUGCCCUCUCAGAGCUGAUUUCUCCGAGUCACUUGACUUUUCUUCUGGGAGUGGGAGGAGGAGAGACUGCCGAAGGAAGGGAGGAAGGCCAUGGACAUGAGCUCUCCCUGCUCACAGGUGUGUGCAGGGAGAACUGGUAGGGCUGUUUCUGGGCCGUGGACAUUGCUUUGAAGAGAGGGAGGCUGGACACCAUCUGUGGGGGCUGAGAGACUGAGGGCUGUGGCAGGCCUUGAGUUGCGAGUGGAUUUUUGGACACCCUAGCAAGUGUUUCUAGUGCUGGGCAGGACUCUCUCCUCAUCUUUCGCUACCACUGGCCCAGAUAUGGCACUAAAAGGCCGAGCCCUCUAUGACUUCCGCAGUGAGAACAAGGAGGAAAUCAGCAUCCAGCAGGAUGAGGACCUGGUCAUUUUCAGCGAGACCUCGCUGGAUGGCUGGCUGCAGGGCCAGAACAGCCGCGGUGAGACAGGGCUUUUCCCUGCCUCUUACGUGGAGAUCAUCCGUUCUGGCACCAGCUCCAACCAUGCCGACUACUCCAGCAGCCCUGCAGGCUCUCUGGGCACCCAGGUGAGCUUAUAUGACAGCUCCAGCGUGGCCAACCCUUCCAGGAGUGGCGGGGGCAGUGGCUUCCUCUCAAACCAGGGUAGUUUCGAGGAGGACGAUGAUGAUGACUGGGAUGACUGGGAUGAUGGAUGCACAGUGGUGGAGGAGCCACGGGCUGGUGGGCUGGGUACCAACGGGCAUCCCCCACUCAACCUCUCCUACCCUGGUGCCUACCCCAGCCAACACGUGGCCUUUCGGCCCAAGCCACCCCUGGAGCGGCAGGACAGCCUGGCAUCUGCCAAACGAGGCAGCGUGGUGGGGCGCAACCUCAACCGCUUCUCGUGCUUCGUGCGCUCUGGCGUGGAGGCCUUCAUCCUGGGUGAUGUGCCCAUGAUGGCCAAGAUCGCUGAGACAUACUCCAUUGAAAUGGGGCCUCGCGGCCCCCAGUGGAAGGCCAAUCCCCACCCAUUUGCCUGCUCUGUAGAGGAUCCCACCAAACAGACCAAAUUCAAGGGCAUCAAAAGUUAUAUCUCCUACAAGCUCACGCCCACCCACGCUGGCUCACCUGUCUACCGGCGCUACAAACACUUCGACUGGCUCUACAACCGCCUGCUGCACAAGUUCACUGUCAUUUCAGUGCCCCACCUGCCAGAGAAGCAGGCGACAGGCCGCUUUGAGGAGGACUUCAUUGAGAAGCGGAAGCGGCGGCUCAUCCUUUGGAUGGACCACAUGACCAGCCACCCCGUGCUGUCCCAGUACGAGGGCUUCCAGCAUUUCCUUAGCUGCCUGGAUGACAAGCAGUGGAAGAUGGGCAAACGCCGGGCCGAGAAGGACGAGAUGGUGGGCGCCAGCUUCCUGCUCACCUUCCAGAUCCCCACAGAGCACCAGGACCUGCAGGAUGUGGAGGACCGUGUGGACACCUUCAAAGCCUUCAGCAAGAAGAUGGACGAUAGCGUCCUGCAGCUCAGUACCGUAGCAUCAGAGCUGGUGCGCAAGCACGUGGGGGGCUUCCGCAAGGAAUUCCAGAAGCUGGGCAGUGCCUUCCAGGCCAUCAGCCACGCCUUCCAGAUGGACCCCCCCUUCAGCUCCGAGGCCCUCAACAGCGCCAUUUCUCACACGGGCCGUACCUAUGAAGCCGUGGGUGAGAUGUUUGCCGAGCAGCCCAAGAAUGACCUCUUCCAGAUGCUCGACACGCUGUCUCUCUACCAGGGCCUGCUCUCCAACUUCCCCGACAUCAUCCACCUGCAGAAAGGUGCAUUUGCCAAGGUAAAGGAGAGCCAGCGCAUGAGUGAUGAGGGCCGCAUGGCGCAGGACGAAGCAGAUGGCAUUCGCAGGCGCUGCCGCGUGGUGGGCUUCGCCCUGCAGGCUGAGAUGAACCACUUCCACCAGCGCCGCGAGCUCGACUUUAAGCACAUGAUGCAGAACUACCUGCGCCAGCAGAUCCUCUUCUACCAGCGGGUAGGCCAGCAGCUGGAGAAGACUCUGCGCAUGUAUGACAACCUCUGACCACGUGUCCCUGGCCCUCUCCCUGCCCCUGGGGCCUGGUGGCUGCCGUGCAUGCUGCGCUCCAGACCGUCCCACACGAGCAGUGCCUGGGGGGUCGGGGCUGGGCUUUGGAGGAGUCGUGGCUAUCCCUGGGGAAAUCCCCCACCCCUUAGAGGUGGGGGCACAGCAGGGGUGCGAAUGGGGCCGGGAGCCCUCCAGGCCAAGGCCUGGGCUGCUGGUCAGUCCCUUGAGGUCAGGCCAGGGUGUUAGCCUCCCCUAGAGCCUAUAGUGCUCGCUCACUUGGCCACCGCCCCCUCGUUCAUUCAGCAGAUGUGCAGGCCUGCUGUGGCCCCAGGUCAGACACUGGGCAUCCAGGGCUGUGACACGCUUCCUCUUGGGGAGUCCCCAUUCCAAGGUGGGGAUCAGACACAGAAACAGGCAGGGGCAAUGAUUGAUGGUAAAGAAGAGGUUCCUGGCAGCUCGCAGAAGGGACCACUCACUCUGCCGGUCAGGGAUGACUCCGUGGAGUAGGUGACAUUCAAGUAGCGUCUUGAAGAAUGACAAGGACCUGCCAGACAGUACGUGGGGACAGUAGAUGGGGAGGACUUUCAGAGGAGAACAGCACGGGCAAAGCUGUGGAGGCACGAGAACACCCCCCCUUCUCUCCUUUCCCUUUCCCAGGCAAGUGUGCUGCCCCUUGGUUGUGUCCCUUGUGUGACAGAGGGGAGGGAUCUGCCCCGUCCUCGCCCCACCCUCACCCCCUGCAGGAGGAGCUGCAGGCCAACUCCCUCCUGACUCCCCUUCACCAGUUGAGCCCCCUCACCCCUUGGUUAGGGGACCAUGCAGCACCUUUGGCCUGGGCUCAAGGUGCUGAGACAAGCCUCAGAUGCCAGGACCCUGGUGGCACCUUCCUGGAGGGGAUGCCCCAAAGUUACUGGAUAUUUGAGUUCACCAGCAAUAGCUCCCACACUCCAAGCAGGCUUGGGCCUCAGGCUCCCAGGGGCCAGCUUACCCACAGCCCCAGGGAUGUGGGCCCACCUGCCCACAGCCAGCCUCACUGUGAUGCCAGUCCACGUCCUGGUGCAGUUGUGCUGUCUGCCACCCAGGUUUACAUCCUCCAGGGCCAGGGUGUGGUCCGGCAGUGGCAGCGGGUUGGGGGGAAAUGACAGGUGCCACUACUGGCCCCCCCAGGAGGUCAUGGCUGUUCCUGGCUGCUGCUGCUUCAUUCUUCUUUCUUUCUUGUUUUCUUGAUAAACCUUUUACAAUUAAGAUAACAAAAGUAUGACUCCUUAUUUGGACCCCAGGGGGGUUGGGUGGGGGAAGGAUAGAGCCCUAAUUGUCGCUGGGAGCGACUGAGCCACAUUCUGAGGUCGUGAUGGUACAGCAUUUACCCCGGAACAUCACAAGUUGGGGGCAGGGCAGUGCUGGAGGCAGGGGCUAGCUGGGGACCUCUGGGUGGCCCUGGACCCCAGCCGGAUGCAUACCCUUUCCAGACCUCACUCUCCUCAUCUCUCAAAUGGGUGGAGUCCUGCCAGGGGUUUGGCUGUGCUGCUCUGUGGAUCUAGGACUGAGGGUCAUGUGAGGAAGGGACAGUCUAAUUGACAGGGAGUUCCUCUCCCCAGGAGGGCGUAUCCCAGCCUUGCCCCCAGGAAAGCCCCAGUCCAGGGGAGGGGGUGGGACUCAGAACCCAUGUCCUUCCCCAAGCCAUCCAGUCCAGGGUGCCAGCCCUGCAGUGGCUGCCCAGUUAGAAACUGAGCUGGAACCCCCAGCCGUGCCCUUGGGCGUGUCCCAGGCAGGAUGAACAGGCAUCUGUGCACACGGGAAAGAGGAGGGCUGGGGGGCCAGGGUUUUCUUGGGGGCAAUGGGGACUUGGUGGAGGGGGUGCUGCCAGGGUCCGGGCAUCAGGGGAGGCUUUGGCUGGGCUGGGGGCAGGGAGCUCAUGGCAGUGAGAUGGAGUAAGGGGUGGCAGGAGCAGUGGGGAAGGGGCAGCAGAGGCUCUCUGUUCAGGGCAGAGUGUCCUCAGAGGAACUUCUGGAAUGGGCCCCUGGCCCUGGGUCAAAAUUAGGUCAGAUUUGGGACUUUUUGUGGAAUUUUCCCCUCUCUCCUCCCUGCCCUCCUUCUUUCAUUUUCUAACCCAUCUGAGGACCUUCCCACCCUUAACCUCCCAGCUUCAGCCUCCAGGAGGCCUUGGCAGUGAGCGCUCUGACCACAGGGAGGGCGGUGGGGGUCUCCUUCCCAGGGCCAGUCUGCGUCGGGGUGGUGGCAGUGCUCUUCUCAACGCGCAAUGCCUGGACAGUGCCCUGUUCACGCUUCCUGCCCUGAGAAUAGUAUUGCCCUCUUGGGUCUCUUUCCUGCGAUGGGGGCCACCUCCCACGCCUUCCGUCCUCAGGGUGAGGGGAUUGGUCUGAGGCUUUUCUCAGGAGGGGCUUUGGACCUAGGAAAAGCAUCAGGACGUGAAGUCUCCUGAGGGCUCUGGGCUGGGACAGACGUACGUGUGGUGAGAAGUGAGGGUGUCACAGCCCUUCUCUCUGGUUUCUUUCUAUCUCUGUGUAGGUUUGAGUGUUGGGGGAAUGUGAGAUUGGUCUGGGCUGGCUGGAGCCUCUUUCAGCAGGAGACCGGCGACCCGUGUGUGUGUGUGUGGGUAUCCUGGUGGUGGCUGGGCCUGCGGGCUGGCCUCCGUCACAUGCCAGGCAGAUGUCCCAGACUGAGCUGAGCCCAGCUGCCUCCAGUCUCCUCCCUGAGGCAGGUAGAAAACAAGGCCUCUCUUUCUGCCCUGGGCAACUGUCAGCACCUGGAGGUGGGGAGUGGGGGACCCCUGAUCCCCAGUCUUGGCCCAGCCCAGGAAAGGAGUCUGCUUUGUGGCCAAACAUGGGGGUUGGGGAUGGAGGUGGCCUUCAGAUCCGGCAUCCUGCUGCUUCCUGGACACAGGACGGCCAUAAGCCACCAGGCCACGGCUGUGCCACGGCUGAAGCAGAGCCAGGCCUGGUCACAGGUGCAGCUGCCCAACCCAGAGCAGACACAGCCACACAACCUGCCCGUGGCACACAGGCCACGCCUGGCUCCACACACACACAUGUGUGGUCGUGUGCUUGCCCAAGUGCACUCCCAGCCACAGUGUCACAGACGGUCGCACAGUCACAGCCACAGCCACACUCAUCCACACCCACAUGCACGUUGUCUGUCUCAGCCACGUCACUCACAGCCGUGCCACAGUCCUGUGCACAGUCAGACCCUCACAUAGUGACACACACUCAGACACACAUGGCCGCAAAGUCACACCUGCACAUAGCGAAUGGGUCACACAUGCAGAUGCUCUUGGCUUCCACCUGCACCACCUCCUGGACGGGCCAGCCUGCAUCAUCCAUCACCUGACACCACCAAGUUCAAUUCCUCAUUGCACAGACAGGAAACCUGAGGUCUAGUGAGGCGUGGCAUUUGGCUGCAUCACUCAGUGGGUAGGGAUAUGCUCUGGGGUCAGAGCCCAGUUCCCUGCAGGCUCUGGCCUGGCCUUGCCCGCCCCGGGUCAGUCCCCAGGGCCAUGCUCCUUCUGAAGGCCCCUGGCCAAACCUACUCAACAAAGCUCCAGGCAUCUCCCAUCUCUGGAGCCAGAGCUAAGGCUGCAGCAUCAGAGCACAGGAGCCAGAAUGCGGUGGGCAGGGCCCAGGCCUGGGCGGGAGGAACAUUCCUGCACCAUCUCCUCCCCAAGCCUGCGAGGACUGGGCCCGCCUCGCCUGCCUGCCUGCUGACUCAGGCCUCCGGGAGCCAAGCCGGCUUGCCUCCCUCACCCACCCCCAACCCAACCCAACCUGCUUCCCCACCACUGUGGCUCUGCUACCUCCUUCCGCUGUUUGGGGCAAGAGGAGAUGGUGAGCUGUGGCAAAAAGUCGGUGAGGAAACAUAAGAAUUCACCUCCCCUAGACAUAGCUCAGAAGGGUUGAUUGUGAAACCCCGCUCCAAGGUUCAACAAAGCUUUUUCCCUUGGUUUUGUUUUGUUAGUUAAACCUCAGUGCAGUCCGGUCUGUUUAAAAAGCAGUGUCUCACACAGCUGUGGCCUCCUUGGUCCGCACGACAGCCCUGGUAGGCAUCAUUAUUCCAUUUCACAGACGAAGAGACUGAGGCUUGGCCAGAGGGAGGAUGGGACCUGCCUAGGAUCACACAGUGGGGCCAAGGUGGGGCUGGAUUCGAACCCAGCUCUCUGGCUUCAUUCCCUAAAGUCACCUUGAUUAACUUAUGUAGGUCCAGAGGACGAGGGGGUGGCAGACCUUCGCUCCAGAGGUGAAAGAACAGGAGGCUGGCAAACCAACUGCUGAAAUGUGCAAGGGUUUUGAGGGGGUGGGUGACUCCGGCCAGGCCCCCAGGGAGGAAGAGGCUGAGGGUGGCAUUGCACAGUGGCGUCUGCAGUGACUCAGGGUCUCCGUUUACAAAUGACCAUGUGCGAGGAAUACCACUUCACUUUUCUGUAACUGACUUGAAUUUCUGUUUUGCUUUCUCAUUCGCCCACCUGAUAGAAAAGUAAUCUGAAAUCAAUUUGGGGACCCCUCCUUUCCCCAGGGAGGCAUGUAAGUGUUGGGGAUGGCAUAUUUGAAGACCCUAGGCAGGCCCCUGGCACUUUGAAUUUUAGAAGCUGAAUUCCCCCGUCCCAUCACUCACGAAAAUUUGCUUGCGUUCCGCAUGAAAGGUCACUCGUAUAUACCUACUUGAGUUGGGUUCAGUUAAUUACCAGACAAUGUCUUGUCUUGUAGGUAUUUAAUUAAA